AUGGGGCACGACGAAUCCGAGACUUCAGGGUCUAGCGGAGGAACUUCCGGAGCUCGGUACGACAUCACGAAAUGUCACCGCCAGGCGGACGCAAUCAAGAAUGACGAGUACACGGAUCCGGUAAUAAACUAGGUCGGGAAUAAACAGAAAACGUUCAAUUGGCUCGGUAAGGGCACAUACGUGAACGACCGAAAAUAACGGAAAGCGGAUAAAAUAUAAGCGUAUACUAAUACGCGCGUCCGAUUAACAACCACACGAAGACUGCACAGCUAACAAGGAACAACGAACAAUGGUUACAACGAUCACCGACGUACGCUCGUUGGAGGGUGGUUACGAUAACGCGAUAAGAUUCCCGGUGGCGCUAACACUUAAUUAGGUUUCGUAACCGUCUCAUUAAAUGUUAUUGACUAUAUUUAAGUUGAUGGCCGAAUCUGGGGGACGCGCCUUGACGCAGUGACAACCGAGGGCGAGGUCUUUUCGGCAUUGCAGGCGGCAAUACCAGGAUCCGAAGACGACCAAGCUGCCAUUUUUGAACGACAGGCUGUGCAGAUUACUGGUCUCUGGCCCACUAGGUCUGGCCAGCAAAUCGUUACUGCCAGAAUGACUACAGCCGCUGCCUCUAUAGUAAUCCGCGUACCGAUUGGAUGGACAAUGUGCCGCGUUCACCCUAGGCGGCCUGAACCCAAAAAGUGCUUCCGAUGCCACAGAUUUGGACACCGGAGUAGUGAUUGUACUGGGCCCAACCUAUCGCCCAACUGCAAACGAUGUGGAGAACUAGGACACGGGCUUGAACAAUGUUUGGCAGACAAAGACUUGUAG